AUGACCUACCUGGGUUCCUUCCCAUUCGUAAGUGCCAUGAUGCUUAGUCCCUUGGAAUUCGCUGAGGCGUGCACCCGGACCAUGCUCUUCCUCAUAACGGAGGUUCUUUCCGCAGACGUGGCUGACUCCCGCUUUGCUGUGACACCGUCCCUGGAGCAGGUCUAUGCCUACCUGCGGGACCGCAGCAGGGCUGUACGACAAGACCUGCAUCUGCAGCAGCCGCUCAGCGCGCGCAGCACGGAGUUCCGGGAGUGCCACGAGUACUGCCUCCGCUUUGAGAUGCUGGCGUUGUUUCUCUUCUCGCUCCGGGAGCCGUGCAAGGCACAGCCGGAUCAGCCGGGCUAUAGCAGACAUCUGGGACUUCAAGCGAUCUCGCAAACCAUCGACCCAUUGCUGACUGCAUACCGGGAAGCCCGGCUUCAGGGAGACGAUGGGACGCUGCCGAACGAGCCUGCCAUUCAGCGCUACGUUGUGCUGCUUCUUUUGGCCGCUUCUCCAGCCACGCUACCAGCACAUCUUGCCGACUUGGACUCGGUUGUCUUGCAGCACCCGCUGCUUGUUUCCGCUGUGGCUGCAUGCGCAGCCUUUCUUUCUGGAGACUAUGUCGGCUUUCUCCGCUUCUACAAGGAAGCGGACUUCUUGUCUGCUGUGGCCUUGGCAGAACUAGCCGACCUCGCACGGCUACGAAUGCUGUGGAUGAUCGCUCGCGCGUACCCCCGCUCGGUGGGAGAUUCCGUGAAACUGCCGGGAUUGACAAAACUUCUUGCUUGCCAGGACGAGGCGCAUGCCAGGGAUUUCCUUGCAUUCCAUGGCUUGACCGUGGACGAUGACCCACAAAAUCCGCAGGGUCCACGGGUACUCCUGCCCAGGAAGGGCUCCGUGGAGGAGGAUGGACACCCUUUGCUGGGCUGCACCACGCUGCCCGAGUGGUGCCGCUUCGCCGGCCCAGAUGCGCUGCUGCUGGCGAAGUUCGCCUGCCACAGCAGAUCCGACGUCGUGCUGGGCCGAACUGACCCGGUGGAAAAUCAGAGCUUGUGCUGCAAUGAAAGUGUUGUCUGCUUAGCUGCCCGUACUGACAAGUUCAUGCGCCUUGCGAGCCCCAAGUUUUUAGAGGCAGACCGGCGGCCGAGGGACUGGAAGCAGGUCCGCAUCCCUGAGAUGGAUGACUGGUUCAACGCUGUGACUGGGCUUGUGAGGAAGCAGGGGUACCACCUGGACCAAGAGGGGGAUCGCUUCGAGGUUCUGAACCGCAAGGGGGUCCUUUUCUCGCUGAAGGAGCAGCGCCUGGUGAGCCGGGACGGCCGCCGUUGCCUGGCCUCGCCAGACUUUCCGCUGCUGGUGAAUAUCAAGGUGUGA